UCCCCUUCUCUCUCUCUCUCUCUCUCUCUAUAGUCUCAAUUCAUACUCUAAAAAACGCCAUUUUCUCUUCUAUAUUUUCUCUCUCUAAUGGAGUCGACCAAGUCGACGACGACCAUGACCUGUCAACUUUAGCAGGAGAGUCUCAUAUAUUCAUUCAAAUCUUCAAACAUUUUUAGAGAUUCCUUUUUUUUUUGUGGAAAUUUUUGGAUCUUUGAAAAAGCAAUGGGAGAAGAAGAUAAAGGAGAAAUAGUUCAAAAGCUGAUUGAAACAGUGAAUGAAAUAUCGAGCAUUAAUGAGUUCAGAAAUUCAGUGAAGAAGCAGUAUUGUAAUUUAGCUAGGAGGCUUAAGUUGUUGACUCCUAUGUUCGAAGAGAUUCGUGAUUGUAAAGAGCCACUCCCUGUUGACUCAUUAAAAGCUUUGGUUUCUUUAAAAUUAGCUCUUCAAUCUGCUAAAGAUGUCCUCAAAUUCGGUAGCGAAGGUAGCAAAAUUUAUCUGGUGCUAGAAAGGGAGCAGAUCAUGAGUAAAUUUCAAGAGGUGACAUCUCAGCUUGAACAAGCUUUAAGUGGAAUUUAUUACGAAAAGCUUGACAUAUCCGACGAAGUUAAAGAACAGGUUGAACUUGUCCUUUCUCAGUUCCGAAGAGCCAAAGGAAGGAUUGAAACACCUGAUGUUGAACUACAUGAAGAUUUGUUUUCUCUUUAUAGCAAGUGUAAUGAUGCUGUGGUAGAUCACGCUGUCCUAAGGCGGUUAGUUGAUAAGCUACAGCUGACUGAAUUAGAUGACCUUAAACAAGAAUCACUAGCUUUGCAUGAAAUGGUAACUGCCACAGAUGGGGAUCCCGAGGAGAGAAUAGAGAAGAUGUCAAUGCUACUGAAGAAAAUUAAGGACUUCGUACUGACUGAGAACCCAAACAUUGAUUCUUCUGCAAGGGAAAAGUCUUCAACUUCUUGUGGACAAGCAUCUGCAGACGAGAGCCAGAAGGCCCCAGUUAUACCGGAUGAUUUUCGUUGCCCUAUAUCCCUGGAGUUGAUGAGAGAUCCAGUCAUUGUUUCAACUGGGCAGACCUAUGAACGUUCUUGUAUUGAGAAGUGGCUGGAAGAUGGGCAUAGCACUUGUCCCAAGACCCAACAAGCCCUCACAAGCAAAGCUCUGACACCCAACUACGUGCUGCGUAGCCUUAUAGCACAGUGGUGUGAAGCAAAUGGGAUUGAACCACCCAAAAGACCAGGUAGUUCUCGACCCAAUAAAUCAGCAUCAGCAUGCACCCCUGCUGAGCGCUCGAAGAUUGAAAAUCUCCUGAGAAAGCUCAAAUCUGGCAGCCCUGAAGAGGAGCGCUCUGCUGCAGGUGAAAUCCGCCUUCUUGCUAAGCGUAAUGCUGAUAAUCGUGUUGCAAUAGCUGAAGCGGGUGCCAUUCCUCUGUUGGUCCACCUUCUCUCCACACCUGAUUCUCGAACCCAAGAGCAUGCUGUUACAGCACUUCUUAACCUUUCCAUAUGUGAGCAUAAUAAAGGAAAUAUCAUAACCUCCGGAGCAGUGCCUGGUAUUGUGCAUGUGCUCAAGAAGGGGAGCAUGGAAGCACGGGAAAAUGCAGCAGCCACCCUAUUCAGUCUUUCAGUUAUUGAUGAAAAUAAGGUCACCAUUGGUUCUUCUGGAGCAAUUCCUCCACUCGUGGCAUUAUUAAGUGAAGGUACCCAAAGGGGUAAGAAAGACGCUGCUACAGCGCUUUUCAAUCUGUGCAUUUAUCAAGGGAACAAGGGCAAGGCAAUAAGGUCUGGUGUUGUACCUACACUAAUGCGACUCCUCACGGAACCUCAAGGUGGUAUGGUUGAUGAAGCACUUGCUAUUUUAGCAAUCUUGUCGAGUCACCCAGAAGGGAAGGCAGCUAUUGGAGCUGCAGAAGCAGUUCCUGUUUUGGUGGAUGUGAUCUCAAGUGGUUCUCCAAGAAACAAAGAAAAUGCAGCUGCAGUUUUAGUACACCUAUGCUCCGGGGACCAACAUCAUCUAGUCGAAGCGCAGCAACUAGGUUUGAUGGGCCCCUUGAUGGAUUUAGUACAAAAUGGAACAGAAAGGGGUAGAAGGAAGGCAACCCAAUUGCUUGAAAGACUGAACAGAUAUGCUGAGCAGCAAAAAUCGCCCCAGGCGCAAGCCGAGCCUCAAAUUCAUCACCAGCUGUCGCGGUCACCACCCAUAUCGACUAAUACCAUUGACAGUUGACUGCUUACAACAACAACAACAACAUCUAAGCCACAACCCCAGACAAGUUGUGGUCGGCUAUAUGACAAUUGAAUGCUUAUUGUUCUUUUUUUUUUUUGUUCUAGUUUGUUUGGCUUUUCUUUCUUGGUUCUUUUACUAUAUAAGCAUUUGAUGACAUUUAGCAUGGCUUAGAGAAAGAAAAGGGUGGGGUGAGGGAAAGGUGGAAGAUCACCAGUCCCAUUCAUUAAGUUAUUUAUUUGAUUUUCUUGGGUUGAGGCUUGUACUCCCAUGAGAAUAAGCCAGGGAACGAGGGUAAGCCCAGAAAAAACACACAAGGAAAAAAUUGACAUGCAAAAAUGUCUGAUGUAUCAUUGUAACAGUUGUACAAGUGUUAUCUUCCUCAGUUUUUAUAGAAGGAGAUGCUUUCCAUUACAAAUUCC